AAACAAAGACGAUGUCGGAAACUCAUGCGAGCACCGAUCGGUAUUUCAAGCGGCACCGAAAACUACUCUGAUUACGCUGACUCCGACGAAUAUGAUGCCGACGCCGAUUACGAGUUCGUUGAAGACGCCGCUGAUGAUUCCAAUGACCUUAUCUUCCGCCGCUGCCUGGCUAUUCGAUGUGAAGCCUUCACGCACAUGGAGGGUGAGAUAGACCUGUAGAUUUCAUGCAAUGGCUUUCAAAUUAUAGGUUGAUGGUGAAAGGAAAGUUUGAACGUGUGAGUGGGGACUAAUGUUGGCGGUGGUACCUAUUGGGGAUUAGGAAGACUUCUAACGAAGUGCAAGAGGUUACAACAAUAGAUUUAACUCAUUGUU